AUGGGCCACCACCCUGAUUUUGAGCAAGUUCAGGCUUCGCGCCCGGACUUUAACCACGAGAAAGAAGUGGUCGUCUCCAAGUCGCCCAACCCCACGUGGAAACAGGGCGAUGGUGCCAAUGAUGGAGGGGAGUCUCUCAAGAAGAACCACGUCGAGAUCGACCCCUACGCCGAGGGCCGUCCCGUGGCCAACAACUACAAAUUGCUGAUCUCCGGGAUGGUGCCUCGGCCCAUUGCCUUGGUCAGCACACAAUCCGCGGACGGCAAGACGACCAACCUGGCACCUUUCAGCUACUCGCAGGUGAUCAACCAUGACCCGCCAUUGUUCACCGUGGGAUUCGCCGGCUCUCUGGAAAAAGCAAAGGACACCCUGAGGAACCUGAACGAAACCAAGGAAUGCGUGAUCAACAUCAUCUCCGAGCACUUCCUCGAAGCUGCCAACUCCACCUCGAUCAACGCGCCCUAUGGCUAUUCUGAGUGGAAGGUGUCCGGUCUGACCCAGGCCCCGGCCUCAAUUGUCAAGCCCGCCCGUGUGAAGGAAUCUGUGUUCGCGAUCGAGGGCAAAGUGGUGGAGGUGAAGGAGUUCCAAAGUCGCGCCAACCCUGGUCAGGCCAGUGGUGUGCUGGUUAUCAUUGAGGGAGUCCGGUUCUGGGCGCGCGAAGACGCUAUCAACGAGGACCAGAGUGCUCUCGACCUGAACGUUCUUAAACCCAUGAGUCGCUUGGGUGGUAUCAGUUACGGUCGCACCACCGAUGUCAUGGAGAUUCCUCGCCCGCAAUUCGAGUCCUGA